AUGUCGGAUUCUCCCAUCGGAAGUAUAGAAACUUGUUUCCAAAAAAUCAGCGUCUGGGUGCGAGGGAGUAAAGUCACUAUCCUCAGCGAGCUGUCACGCUGCACCCAGACCACGCAACGCAAACUCGAUCACUUCCUGGGGAAACUCUCCUUUGCGUCGAGCGUCGUCGUACCAGGCAGAACAUUUACGCGGCGCUUAUGGGAUAUCAACAAGAGGUUUAGCCGCACCAAGCCCUAUUUCCGUAUCACUCUGACAGGCGAGGCCAGGAAAGACAUCCGCUGGUGGCAGCUUCUGAUCCAGCACUGGAACGGGAAGGCAUUCCUCCUCUAUAACAGCAGUACAUCGUCGGCCGACCUUGGACUGUACACAGACGCUAGCGGCACUCUCGGCUGGGGCGCAUUCUACGGCAAGGAGCAGCGCUGGAUCCAGGGCAGUUGGACAAAGGAGCAAGAAGAAGAGAGCAUCGGAUACAAAGAGCUCUAUGCCGUGGCAAUGGCUUGCAGUACUUGGGGCCAUCUGUGGUCCCAGCAACGUAUAGUACUGCAUUGCGAAAAUCAGUCCGUUGUCGAAUGCCUGCAGUCAAGCUCCAGCAAGUCACCAGGCAUGAUGUCACUGCUGCGUGCAUUGUUCUUCGUUUGUGCAACUCACAGCUUCACCAUUACUGCCAAAUAUGUACCUGGGCAUCUGAAUUCUAUCGCCGAUGCUCUGUCUCGUUUCAACCUGCAGGCAUUCCAGCAGCUGGCACCAUCGGCAAAGCAACCCCCGGACACUGCAAUCCGCCUCCCUCUUCUGGACUGA